AUGAAUACAACACUUGAUAAUGAUGAUGAUAUUAAUGGAAGUCUGGCUGAUGAUUGGGAAACUUAUAGAGCUUAUACAAGAUUUUAUUACAUAACAGAUGAAGUUUUUCUAUAUGCUAAUCCAAUAUUAAUUCUUAUAGGUAUUCCAACACAUGCAUUAUCUAUGAUAAUAUUUCUUCGUAAACGUAUGUGUCGUUAUCCGGUGUCUGUAUUUAUGGCAAUGUUAUCAUUAACAAAUAUUCUUAUUCUGGCUGGUCCAGUAACCAUGCAAUGGCUCAAUCACAAAGUGUUUAUUGGUUUUGUUGUAACCGGUUCACGAUUCAUAUGUGCAUUUCAUGUUUAUAUUGAUUUAGUUGGUUCAUCAAUUAAUUCUUGGCUUAUAUUAAUGAUCGCUGCUGAACGUUAUUUAUCUGUAACGAAACCAUUCUUAAUUCGAACAAGUUUUAAUCGUCGACAAGCAUGGAUAAUUGUCUUUAGUGUAUUUUUAAUUGCACUUAUAGCACCACUUGGUCUUGCUAUAGUUGCAUCAAAAGUUGAUGAAUGUCUUUUAUUUUUUUCUAAGACAUACCAAAUAAUUGGGUCCAUACAAAUUUUUUUUAUUUAUGUUUUACCAUCAAUAUUAAUAUUAACAUUAAGUAUAAUAACAAUAAAAAAAUUAAGAAAUCGUAUACGUGCAAGUGGCAGUAGACGUAUACAUAUUAGUGUUAUGUUAAUUGCUGUUUCAUUUUCAUUUAUAACAUUUACAAUGCCAUACCAAAUAUGUUGGUAUUGGCUAUUUUCAAAUGCGAUUGGUAGUGUAAAACUCAAUUUGAAAGUUAAUAUAAUUAAUAUUGGUUUUCGUUAUUUGUCAUUAACAAUAAGAAAUUUGAAUUAUACAUUAAAUUUCUUUUUAUAUUCUUUAACAUCCACUGUUUUUCUUAAAGAAGUAUUUACAAUAGCUCAUUGUAAUUAUUUUCUUAAUGAAACAUUUCUUGGACGUAAUUCAACAUUUCGUAGUAUAUGUAGUUUUUUUACGGUACCCGAUGAACAACGUGAACAACAACCAAUAAAUAAAUUUGCUAAUCGCGACAGAUCAAAUAAUUGUAUUAAUGUGAGCAAUCAUAAUUAUCAAAGUUUUUCCAGUCAUUUACAUUCGAAUAAAAACUCUUUAAAAAGUGAUAGUGAACAAUUAACUAAUCAGUUUUUAAACGGACAUUUUAACUUAGAUACAAAUAAAACAAAUGUGUCAAUCACUUUAAAACAAUUAAAAAUAAAACCUAAACAAAAAAAAUUAAAAUGGAAUUUAAAACAAAUAAAUAGAAGUUUAUCAUCAAGUCAUUUAAAUGAUAAUGAUGAUGAUCAACAGCAACAACAACAACAACAACAACAAUCAUCAUCACCAAAUUUGGCUUCAAUAUCAAAUAUUCAUGAAAAAAAUAAUAAAGUACAUUAA